GGAGAAUGUAACGAGCCUAGUCGGCUGCUGGUCGCGCAGACCGCGAGAACACACUCUGCCGCGCCGCGAGUCGAGGGAACAGCGCGAGGGAACUCGUUCCGCGCCUCCGCAUCGCACACAGUGAGUCCAGCUUUUGGAUGAGGCGGAGACGCUGAUUUUUUCUUUUGCAUCGAGGAUCUUUCGCAUCAGAGGCUGAAACAUGAGCUGCAACUGUCCCCUGACUACGGCCGUAGGGCCCACGCUGGCUUCGACCUGCGGCGGACCUUCUUUCAUGCUGUUCAUGGGCCUCCUCGAAGUCUUCCUAAGAAGCCAGUGUGAUCUCGAGGACCCCUGCAACAGGCCUAUACCUCAGAAGCGCGUCAACUCCAGGUACGACUUUGUGGUGAUAGGAGGCGGAAGCGGCGGUGCGACGGUCGCCUCGAGGCUGUCCGAGGAGAAGCGCUUCUCCGUGCUGCUACUGGAAGCCGGGCUGGACGAGCCAACCGGAACGCAGAUACCGUCGUUCUUCUUCAAUUUCCUCGGCUCGGAUAUCGACUGGAAGUACUCGACCGAGAGCGAGGACGAGGCCUGCCUCAACAAGGAGGACCGAAAAUGCUACUGGCCCAGGGGAAAGGUUUUGGGCGGCACCUCGGUGAUGAACGGCAUGACGUACAUGCGGGGCUCGCGCAAGGACUACGACGACUGGGCCAGGCUGGGCAAUCCGGGCUGGUCGUACGACGACGUCUUGCCCUACUUCAUCAAGAGCGAAGACAACCUGCAGGUCAACGACAUGGAUUACGGCUAUCACGGGGUCGGCGGGCCCCUUACCGUCACCCAAUUCCCUUAUCACCCGCCGCUGAGUCACGCGCUCCUUCAAGCUGGCAAGGAGAUGGGCUACCCAACGGUGGACCUGAACGGCAGGACGCACACUGGCUUCGCGAUCGCCCAGACGACUUCGCGCAACGGCUCGAGACUCUCGACCGCCAGGGCCUUCCUCAGGCCGGCGCGCAAUCGACGCAACCUUCACAUCAUGCUCAACUCCACAGCCACGAGGAUACUCUUCGACAGGAGCAAAAAGGCCGUCGGCGUCGAGUUCGUGCACGACGGACAGCUUCAUCGCGUCUCCGUCGACAAGGAGGUCAUCGUUAGCGGAGGUGCGGUGAACUCGCCGCAGAUACUAUUGAACAGCGGCGUGGGACCGAGAGAAGAGCUCGAGGCGGUCGGCGUCCCGGUGGUCCACGAUCUUCCCGGCGUCGGCAGGAAUCUGCACAAUCACGCGGCCUACGCGAUCGCCUUCACCAUCAACGACACCGACACUACUCCACUUAACUGGGCCACCGCCAUGGAGUACCUGCUCUUUAGGGACGGCCUCAUGUCCGGCACUGGAAUAUCGGAGGUGACGGCGAUGAUAAACACCAAGUACGCGGACACGAGCGAGGAUCACCCGGACAUUCAGCUGAUCUUCGGUGGUUAUCUGGCUGACUGCUCGGAGACGGGUAUGGUCGGGGAAAAGAAGGGCUCGAAUCGGGUAAUCCUCAUCAUCCCGACGAUUCUCCAUCCCAAGAGUCGGGGAUAUCUGCGCCUCAGGAGCAACGAUCCCUUGGCUAAGCCCAUGAUUUACGCCAAGUAUCUGACGCAUCCGGACGACGUCGGGGCGCUCAUCGAAGGCAUCAAGUUCAGCGUCGCUCUGACGGAGACCGAGGCGCUCAAGAAGUACGGUUUCACCCUGGACCGCACGCCGGUGAAGAACUGCGAGCACCUGAAGUUCGGCUGCGACGCGUACUGGGAGUGCGCGAUCAAGCACGACACGGCCCCCGAGAACCAUCAGGCGGGCUCGUGCAUGAUGGGCCCAACGGACGACCCCAUGGCCGUGGUCGACCAUCAGCUGCGAGUCCGAGGCGUUCUGGGAGUCAGGAUCGCCGACACGAGUGUCAUGCCGAGGGUUACCUCCGGCAACACCAACGCGCCGGCCAUCAUGAUCGGCGAACGCGCUGCCGACUUCGUCAAGAGGACGUGGAUCGGCUGAGCUGCACGAGAGGCUUCGUUAUUACGGGAGGCCGUGUGGAUGUACAUCUGUACCUCGCUGAUUUCCGACACGCCGUGAACGCACGGAAUCGCGAAGCUUCCUCCUCUUAUUUUAUUACUAUUUUACUGUUAGUAUCACUCUGUCGGUUUAUAUCGGGACGUGGGCGUUGUGUUUGAGCUUUCGGUGCUCCCUUUCGUAGGAGGGCCGAGUUAGCUCUGUAGAGUGUAUUUUGAAUUAUUAACUAGCAUUACUGAGUAUGAAGUAUUAAAAUUAGUUAAAGUAUCAUCAAGUGCUCUUCGCGUUAUUUGGUUAACGAAGCGUGGGCCUGUGGUAGAAUAGAUCUUAGGCAAUUUAAAAGUAUUAUACCGUGUACCGUACAACUAUUGUAUGCCGGACGCAAGUACCUUUGAAACAAUCAAAGAAUGUAAGUUUAUGUAAUAGAUAAUGAUUUAUCGCUGUAAAAACACAUCUCGCCCAUGUCUCAGCUCUUUAUCUUUGCCUUCCGGUUCAUGAGAAUUUGAACAACUUUGUUUCUCCUCUACUUUUAAGAUAACAGUGCCUUGACGGAUGAUGAAACUCGCAGAAAGUUUCAGAACGUGUUAGAUUAUUUUUAGUAAGUUGAUCUACCAUUGUAAAUUUUCCGAGCAAUGUACGCAAGAUCUUCAAAUUUUACGAAUAUUUAGUUUGUACAAGUUUCCGAACAACGCGAAGUUUUCGCGGCUUGCUGAAUCUGGAUGCUGCUAUACUGUUAAGAGUAGAACGAGUAUUUAGUGCACGAAGCAUGAAUUUUUUUCACAACUUUUUCUCUUCAAUUCAGAUUUUAGGGUAUAAGCGAAAUAAAAAGAUCGUGACUUACGCUUUGGUAUUGUACUAAUUACUUCAACGAGGUCGAAAUUCAUAAUUUAUUAUGCUAUAUUUGUGUUUCGUACUAGUAUUACUACUGUAUGCUUAGUGAUUGUAAAAAAGUUUGCUAAAUAAAAUACGAAAAAGAAUCGACUACCAUCAUUGAU